AUGGAAGCGGCUGUACGCUGGUCGCCACACUCGGUGCCUGGUCGAGAACGAUUCCUCACCGUAGACGUCACGGAUCAGAGCGUCACGCUCAAUCACAUCGACCGCAUAGGACGCCGAGAUGUGCACUACCACACAGUGGCCCGCUAUGGCAGGCUGCCCAAUUUUGGUGCCUUUGACUGGUCCAAAACGGACGAGUCCAUUAUUGCCCUAGGCCUGGUCUCGGGCAGUGCAUGCCUGGUCAAGCUUCACGACAAUGGACAGCCGUCCGAGACGGUCGCCAAUUUCAAGCUUAAGCAACAACGGAAAUGCAAUUCCAUAGCUCUAUCCUCACAGAACUGGCUAGCUGUUGCUCUGGACAAGACGCGUUCGGAUGUAUGUUUGAACAUUUUCGAUGCCAACAUCGACCCGAGCAGUCACGAUUCGAUACCCAUCCGCAGGCUAUGCCCGGCCGAGGUGGUGUCUAGCGUGAGAUUCUUCCCUGGACAGCCUCAGGAGCUUGUCGUCGCUGCGCAGCGAUCCGUGAUCAGACUAUACGAUCUCAGAGAUGGCUACUUUGGCAGCGGAAGCAACGCUCAUGUAUCUACGCGCAAUGUCAACAACAUUGCGAUCGAUCCGCUAGAUACGAACUAUUUUGCCAGUGCGGGAUCGACUGGUGAUCCGGAGCUCUCUGUCUGGGACAAGCGAUGGCUGGUGCAAAGCAGCGGUGGCAGCUCGAACAGCGGUCCAGUCUUCGAUAUGAAGCCUGCCGUGGACAAUGCUGCAAGAACAUCAAUAUGGAGCUUACGGUAUUCGGGGCAACGACGCGGACGACUUGGGAUCUGUUCCAGCCGAGGCGAGCUCAAAGUCAUUGACAUGGCAGAAAGCCGAAGCUCGGCGUUGCAGAGUUCGGACUAUCUGCCCGUGAACCCUCACGGAGGAUCGGCUUGGACAUCAAAUCGCUACGUGUCACAAACGCGAAGUAUCGAACAACCUUUUGUAGGGACAGAAGAUGCGGACCCAACCUCGAAGCUGAUCGCAUUUGACUGGGUCGUUGGCGACAGCGCACUCGACGAGCAGGCUGUCCUCGCACUCCGCCCAAGCAGGAGAGUGGAUGUCGUGUGCGUUCCUUGUUCAGUACCUCACGCUGUUAUAACGGAAGGUCGUCAUGAUCUCGGCGUUUCGUUCAUGGACGUUGCCAUCACAGAUACAGCCGAAGACUUCGGACCGUGGGAGCACAUGGUAGCAUCGACGCAUACCGAGACGGUCGAUCGCAAGGUGCAUUGUGAUCCGAGGUCGCCUCUGCUGUCACGCGUCCUUGCGCCCUCCAUCAUACAUCGAGAGAGAUGCCGCAAGGGCUAUCUCUUUGACUGCGACAAGAACUCGAAAAUUGUCGCUGGGGACUGGGCGCUCGAGCGAUUGUGGGAGAUUGUCGAGCGGUUCCAGGAGCAAGCAGCCGAUGGCGGCAUGGUCGCUGAGUCUUUAGACCUUAGUUACGUUGGUGUUGCUGCCAUCAACGCGGAGAACAUCGGAACUAAUCCCCGCCGGAAGCUGUCACCGUCGCCCGCAAAGGUCGAGGAAGCCAUUAGCGAACUGGUGGCAGCGCGACAGUUACCUUCUUUCGAUGGCGUACGUACCGAGCACGCCGAUCAUCGCCAGCUAUGCCUGGAAAUGUGCGGAUGGCGAUACACAACUGAAACGCUCUCCGAAGAAUGCCAGGAGCUGGUGGAAAAAGGUCUGUACUACCAGGCCAUCGUCCAAGCUGUCCUGCACGAACGGAAACAUGUAGCUCUGAACAUACUCAGAUCCUUGAUCCGGAAUAAGAUCGUGCCAAACAUUGGCCUUGGCCCUUUGCUGGCUUCUGAUAAUAUCAAUGAAGAGCAGCGUGAGAUGUGCCUAUGGAUGGCUGCCGAUACCGAUGAUCCCGCUCUCAAGGCACUGCUUACCUUCUUGACAACUGGCACUUGGCGCGAUGUGAUGAAGACGAAUUAUCUGCAUCUUGGCUACCGAGUGGCCCUUGGGUUGAAGUACCUCAAUGACACCGAGCUGGCUGGCUUUAUCCAAAGUGAAACGGCAAGAGCUGUCAAGAAUGGCGAUCUGGAGGGCCUUCUACUGACCGGCUUGGGCGAACAAGCAAUGGAUUUGUUGCAGACGUACGUCUCGAAGACGAACGAUCUCCAAACGGCGGUCCUCGCCACGGCUUUUACGAACCCGUUGUAUGUUGACGACGCGCGUUGGGACAUGUGGAAGGAGACAUAUUUCAACCAAAUGCAGAGCUGGCGUGCGUUCAGUGAGCGAGCCAAGUUCGUGAUCCAACACAGUCAAAUGUCGAGGAACUGGGAAGGUCAGAGUGUGCUGCCCGCGCCGACAGGGCAACUCACCCUUCGUUGCAACCACUGCCAAUCCUCCCUCAGCAGGCAUGACGGACGCUCACUGGCCGACAAUACCAGAGGUCUGAAUGGGCCCAACGCCAGCGCAGGCAUCAUCUGCCCGAAGUGCGGGAGACAUAUGCCACGAUGCGGGAUCUGCAAUCUGUGGCUCGGCACUCCGGAUUCGAGUCGUCGAGGGGAAGCCAACGAGUUGAAGAAGCUGGGCGAUCUCAUGGCGAAGUUCUUGACGUUCUGUGUGAGUUGCCAGCAUGGCUUUCACGCGGACCAUGCGCGCAGCUGGUUCAAGAAGCACAGCACGUGCCCAGUUCCGGACUGCCAAUGCCUGUGCACUGCGAAGUAA